GUCCGGCCGCUGCGUGACGCGUCGUUUCCUCCCAACAUGGCGGCCAGGGCCGGCGGGCGGUGAUGGCGGCCCGUCCGCGGCUCCGGCGGGUGCCAGUCCCCACAGCAGCCAGGCCGGCCUUCCCGCCGCCGGGCCUCUGAGCCGCCUCGGCCCCGGGCCCCGGGCCCCGGACGCACGCGAGAGGCGGGGGAGCGGCGGGGACGCGGCGCCCGGGCCCGAGCCGAGCCGAGUCCCGACGGGCGCGGCCCUCGCGGGGGCCCCCUCGGCCGCGCCGGGCCCUCGCCCCGCCCGAGCCGCCCGCCCCGGCCGCCCCGGCCGCCCCGGCCCCCCGCCCCGUGCUCCGCGCCCAUGCAUGAGGGCAAGAAGACCAAGAACAUGUUCCUGACGCGCGCCCUGGAGAAGAUCCUGGCCGACAAGGAGGUGCGCAAGGCGCACCACUCCCAGCUGCGCAAAGCCUGCGAGCUGGCCCUAGAUGAAAUAAAAGCUGAAACUGAAAAGCAGAGUCCUCCCCAUGGAGAUGCUAAAGUUGGAUCAAGCACCCUUCCACCAGUGAAAUCAAAGACAAAUUUUAUUGAAGCAGACAAGUACUUCUUACCCUUUGAGUUGGCAUGCCAGUCCAGAUGUCCCCGAAUAGUUAGUACGUCUUUAGAUUGUUUGCAGAAACUUAUUGCUUAUGGGCACUUGACUGGCAGUGCUCCAGACAGUACAACACCAGGCAAAAAAUUAAUUGAUAGAAUUAUUGAAACAAUAUGUGGCUGUUUUCAAGGACCUCAAACAGAUGAAGGAGUUCAGUUACAGAUAAUAAAGGCUUUACUCACUGCAGUGACAUCGCAACACAUAGAAAUCCAUGAAGGAACUGUGCUGCAGGCUGUGAGAACAUGUUACAAUAUCUAUCUAGCAAGCAAAAAUCUCAUCAAUCAGACAACGGCCAAAGCUACUCUUACUCAGAUGCUCAAUGUUAUCUUUGCACGUAUGGAAAACCAAGCAUUGCAAGAGGCCAAACAGAUGGAGAAAGAAAGACAUCGGCAGCAUCAUCAUCUGUUACAGUCUCCAAUAAGCCAUCAUGAGCCUGAAUCACCUCAACUUAGAUAUUUGCCACCUCACACUGUUGACCAUAUAUCCCAAGAACAUGAAGGGGACCUUGACCCCCAUACAAAUGAUGUGGAUAAAAGUCUUCAGGAUGACACAGAGCCUGAAAAUGGAUCUGAUAUUUCCAGUGCAGAGAAUGAGCAGACCGAAGCUGAUCAGGCAACGGCAGCUGAAACAUUGUCUAAAAAUGAUGUAUUGUAUGACGGAGUAAAUCAUGACUGUGAAGAAAAGCCACAAGAUAUUGUACAAAGCAUUGUAGAAGAAAUGGUAAACAUCGUUGUUGGAGAUAUGGGAGAAGGAACUACUAUAAAUACAAGUACAGAUGGCAACAUUGGAACUGUGGAGGAUGGUAGUGACAGUGAGAAUAUUCAAGCAAAUGGAAUACCAGGAACACCGAUUUCUGUUGCAUAUACACCAUCCUUACCCGAUGACAGAUUGUCUGUCUCUUCCAAUGAUACUCAGGAAUCUGGAAAUUCUUCAGGACCUUCACCUGGUGCUAAGUUUUCCCACAUUUUACAAAAGGAUGCCUUUCUAGUAUUCAGGUCAUUGUGUAAACUGUCAAUGAAACCACUGUCAGAUGGACCACCAGAUCCAAAGUCUCAUGAGUUACGCUCCAAGAUUCUUUCAUUGCAGUUACUUCUGUCCAUUCUGCAGAACGCAGGACCUGUUUUUAGAACAAAUGAAAUGUUUAUUAAUGCUAUUAAGCAGUACCUUUGUGUUGCACUCUCAAAAAAUGGAGUCUCAUCUGUUCCAGAAGUUUUUGAGCUUUCUCUUUCCAUAUUUCUUACUUUGUUGUCAAACUUCAAGACACAUCUGAAGAUGCAAAUUGAGGUGUUUUUUAAAGAAAUUUUCCUCUACAUUCUGGAAACUUCGACCAGUUCAUUUGAUCACAAAUGGAUGGUUAUUCAGACACUGACGAGGAUUUGUGCAGAUGCUCAGAGUGUAGUGGAUAUUUAUGUAAACUAUGACUGUGACUUAAAUGCAGCAAAUAUAUUUGAAAGACUAGUAAACGAUCUAUCAAAAAUUGCCCAAGGAAGGGGCAGUCAAGAACUUGGUAUGAGUAAUGUUCAGGAAUUGAGCUUGAGGAAAAAAGGUUUAGAAUGUUUAGUGUCAAUUUUGAAGUGUAUGGUGGAAUGGAGUAAGGAUCAGUAUGUGAAUCCCAACUCUCAGACAACUCUUGGUCAGGAAAAACCAUCAGAACAAGAGAUGAAUGAAAUGAAACACCCUGAAACAAUAAACAGAUAUGGAAGUUUAAACUCCCUGGAGUCAACAUCAUCAUCAGGAAUCGGUAGCUAUAGCACACAAAUGUCUGGCACUGAUAAUCCAGAGCAAUUUGAAGUCCUGAAGCAACAAAAGGAAAUCAUAGAACAAGGGAUAGAUUUAUUUAAUAAGAAACCAAAGAGAGGAAUACAGUACCUCCAAGAACAGGGAAUGCUGGGCACUACACCUGAAGAUAUUGCUCAAUUCUUACAUCAAGAGGAAAGAUUAGACUCUACUCAAGUAGGUGAAUUUCUGGGAGACAAUGACAAAUUUAAUAAGGAAGUCAUGUAUGCGUAUGUGGAUCAACAUGACUUUUCAGGAAAAGACUUUGUUUCAGCCCUUCGCAUGUUUCUGGAGGGAUUCCGUCUUCCAGGAGAAGCUCAAAAAAUUGAUCGACUAAUGGAAAAAUUUGCUGCAAGAUACCUAGAAUGCAACCAAGGACAAACCCUUUUUGCUAGUGCAGACACUGCUUAUGUUUUGGCGUACUCAAUUAUCAUGUUGACCACAGACCUUCAUAGUCCACAGGUAAAAAACAAAAUGACAAAGGAACAGUACAUUAAAAUGAAUAGAGGUAUCAAUGAUAGUAAAGACCUUCCUGAAGAAUAUCUGUCAGCCAUCUAUAAUGAAAUAGCUGGGAAGAAGAUAUCAAUGAAAGAAACAAAAGAACUAACGAUCCCUACAAAAUCAAGUAAACAAAAUGUAGCCAGUGAAAAACAAAGACGACUUCUGUAUAACUUAGAAAUGGAACAGAUGGCCAAGACAGCUAAAGCCCUGAUGGAGGCCGUGAGCCAUGUCCAGGCACCUUUCACGAGCGCCACACACUUGGAGCACGUGAGGCCCAUGUUUAAGUUGGCUUGGACACCCUUUCUGGCUGCAUUCAGUGUGGGAUUGCAAGACUGUGAUGAUACUGACGUCGCCUCUCUCUGCUUGGAAGGGAUAAGAUGUGCAAUCAGAAUAGCGUGCAUUUUCAGCAUUCAGCUGGAAAGAGAUGCAUAUGUCCAGGCACUAGCAAGAUUCACACUACUUACAGUGAGUUCUGGUAUUACUGAAAUGAAACAGAAGAAUAUCGACACAAUAAAAACACUUAUCACAGUGGCUCAUACAGAUGGAAAUUAUUUAGGAAAUUCAUGGCAUGAGAUUCUGAAGUGCAUCAGUCAGUUGGAACUGGCACAACUUAUAGGAACUGGAGUGAAACCUCGAUACAUUUCAGGAACAGUGAGAGGCAGAGAGGGAUCUCUUACUGGAACAAAAGAUCAGACCCCUGAUGAAUUUGUCGGUCUAGGAUUAGUUGGAGGCAAUGUGGACUGGAAGCAGAUAGCAAGUAUUCAGGAAUCCAUUGGAGAAACCAGUUCUCAAAGUGUUGUUGUUGCUGUAGAUAGAAUAUUCACAGGAUCUACAAGACUAGAUGGAAAUGCUAUUGUGGAUUUUGUCCGUUGGCUGUGUGCUGUGUCUAUGGAUGAAUUACUUUCCACUACACACCCAAGGAUGUUCAGUCUACAAAAAAUAGUAGAAAUAUCAUAUUACAACAUGGGAAGAAUAAGAUUGCAGUGGUCUCGGAUUUGGGAAGUUAUCGGAGAUCAUUUUAAUAAGGUUGGCUGUAAUCCUAAUGAAGAUGUAGCUAUUUUUGCAGUCGACUCCUUGAGGCAAUUGUCAAUGAAGUUUUUAGAGAAAGGGGAGCUUGCAAAUUUCAGAUUCCAGAAGGAUUUCCUAAGACCUUUUGAACAUAUAAUGAAACGAAACAGGUCUCCGACAAUUCGAGAUAUGGUUGUACGGUGUAUAGCACAGAUGGUUAAUUCUCAAGCUGCUAACAUUCGGUCUGGAUGGAAGAAUAUUUUCUCUGUAUUUCACCUAGCUGCAUCCGAUCAAGAUGAAAGUAUAGUGGAACUUGCAUUUCAAACAACAGGGCACAUUGUCACCCUUGUAUUUGAAAAACACUUUCCAGCAACCAUUGAUUCUUUCCAGGAUGCAGUGAAGUGUUUGUCUGAAUUUGCAUGCAAUGCAGCUUUCCCAGACACAAGUAUGGAAGCAAUCCGACUUAUUCGCCAUUGUGCAAAAUAUGUGUCUGAAAGACCUCAGGCUUUCAAGGAGUACACCAGUGACGACAUGAACGUGGCACCCGAGGACCGGGUGUGGGUGCGAGGAUGGUUCCCCAUCCUCUUUGAGCUGUCCUGUAUCAUCAAUAGAUGCAAAUUAGAUGUAAGAACCAGGGGCUUAACUGUAAUGUUCGAAAUAAUGAAAACAUAUGGCCACACUUACGAAAAACACUGGUGGCAGGAUUUAUUUAGAAUUGUUUUCAGAAUUUUUGACAAUAUGAAAUUGCCAGAACAACAGACAGAGAAAGCUGAAUGGAUGACAACAACUUGCAACCAUGCACUGUAUGCAAUCUGUGAUGUAUUCACCCAGUAUUUAGAAGUACUCAGUGAUGUGCUGUUGGAUGAUAUUUUUGCUCAGCUAUACUGGUGUGUGCAGCAAGAUAAUGAGCAGUUAGCACGAUCUGGUACAAACUGCUUAGAGAAUGUUGUUAUUCUGAAUGGUGAAAAAUUUACUCUAGAAAUCUGGGAUAAAACUUGUAACUGUACACUGGAUAUCUUCAAAACCACAAUCCCACAUGCGCUCCUGACCUGGCGUCCGACCUCUGGAGACACUGCACUGCCCCCGCCAUCGCCUGUGAGUGAAAAACAGUUGGAUACCAUAUCACAGAAAUCUGUAGAUAUACAUGAUUCUAUUCAGCCAAGAUCUAUGGAUAAUAGACAGCAAGCACCAUUGGUUUCUGUCUCUACUGUCAAUGAAGAAGUUAACAAAAUCAAAUCUUCAGCAAAAUUUCCAGAACAAAAAUUGUUUGCUGCCCUGUUGAUUAAAUGUGUUGUGCAGCUGGAACUCAUCCAGACCAUUGACAACAUCGUGUUCUUCCCAGCCACAAGUAAGAAGGAAGAUGCAGAAAACUUAGCUGCAGCGCAGAGAGAUGCAGUGGACUUCGAUGUACGAGUUGAUACUCAAGACCAAGGAAUGUACCGCUUUUUGACAUCACAACAACUUUUUAAGCUUCUCGACUGCUUAUUAGAGUCACAUCGAUUUGCAAAGGCAUUUAACUCUAACAAUGAACAGAGGACCGCCCUGUGGAAGGCAGGCUUCAAAGGCAAGUCCAAGCCGAACCUUCUGAAGCAGGAGACCAGCAGCCUUGCCUGCGGGCUGCGCAUUCUCUUCCGGAUGUACAUGGAUGAAAGCCGGGCCAGCGCCUGGGAUGAGGUCCAGCAAAGGCUCUUAAACGUGUGCAGCGAGGCGCUGAGUUACUUCCUCACCCUCACCUCGGAGAGCCACCGCGAGGCCUGGACCAACCUGCUGCUGCUGUUCCUCACCAAGGUGCUCAAGAUCCGAGACGACCGCUUCAAAGCGCACGCGUCCGCCUACUACCCGCUGCUGUGCGAGGUGGUGCAGUUCGACCUGAUCCCCGAGCUGCGCGCCGUGCUCCGGAGGUUCUUCCUGCGCAUCGGCGUCGUGUUCCAGAUAUCAACGCCGCCGCCGGAGCGGGAGCCCGGCCAAGGCGCCCCGUGAGGGGCGCGCCCCGACCCUGCCGCCCUCGGGGAGGACCCUGGACGGCGGCCCCUCCCACUCCGCGUCCGAGCUGCCGGAACUCCCCCUGGGAACGCGCGCCCGGCCCCUCCAGCCGGCAUCGAGCGGGUUCUGCCGCGCGGCCCCGCCUGUUCUUGGCGGGCGUGGAAGCGAACGUCACCCAAAGAACUACAGAUGUAAAGUUUGAACUUCCGCGAGAAGUACAACUCAGGAGAGCUGUAUUUUGAAGGAUAAAAUGUUUAUAACUGGGGGGUGGGGGAGAAAAGUGAUCGUCCAUGGGAAGCUACUUAGCAGCGACGGUAUUCUUCUUCUAAAGGUUUUGCACACUCAGGUGACCUGAGAUACUGGUAAUCAUCCUCCUGUGAAAAAUGUACAGAGCUGCAGGUCUGUAAUAUAAAAACAAAUCUUACACAUAGAGUUCCUCCUGCACUGUCUUAUUUUAUUUCUUUAUUUUCUUAUCUACUUGCUAAAUGCCCAUAUUUUACCAGAUGCACUAACCCCUCGGGUGGAGCUUCUGUCUGUGUUUUCUGGGGCCUCCCUCUUGGCUUUGCCCUGGGUGGGGUGGGGGAUGGGAGGCGCUCAGAGCGGCUGUCAGGAUGGGGAACGGGAGUGGGGACGCCAUGAGGACCGCGUGGACGGUGUCCCUGCCGACAAUAACUACCUGUAACACGCUUCUCUUAGGGCUUCUCCAGAUGAGCCAUUCAAAUAGGGUGAUCCUUUGUGGACUGAAACUUGAAUCACUGCAAAAUGACUCUUGCUGUCACUUUUCUUCUUUCGGGUGGCGGGGCUCGCUCGAUGUAGAUUUGCUCUAUGUACAGAAUUUAAUGUGGAAUAUAUUAAAAUAAGAAAUCUGGCAUGGUUUGGGGAGGUUAGGUUUCCUGGAAAUGUAUUCAUACUGUGAAUUGUGCUCUAAUGGUUAAAAAAAGACAAGAUUGUCCAGCAUUCCGUGUUAACAGUGGAUGUAGAAAUUUUUUUCAGAUGGAUAAAAUGUAUAUGGUACAGAUGUAAAGUUUUCUAUGUAAAAAAUUCUGUACAACUUUCUGUACAAUAUUGAUUCUCAUCUGGCAUAUUCAAAUCAGGUUAUAGGUCAAUAAAAUUUUUGAAUAAUUUCA